AUGGCGACGACGACGAUCUGCUCCGUCUCCGCGCGCGUCAGCGCGCCGAGCGCCUCCUCCUCCUCCUCCUCCGCGCGUCGCGCGUUCGCGCCGACGCCCUCGUCGCGUUCGCGGGGGGGAUGCUGCGUCCGACGCGGACGCGGAUCGGUCGUCGUCCUCGCGUCCGCGCGCGACGAGAGAGAGAAGUCCAAGAUCGGCGGUCGCUUCGGAGAGAAGCUCGGGACGCCGUUCGCGGACUUGAAGAUCGGCGAGAGCGUGGAGAAGAUGGCGACGCGGUACGACUGGCUCAGCGCGGGCUUGGGCGCGCUCUUAGGAUGCUCCUACGGCGUGAUGCGAGGGCAGAGCGUGAACCAAGCGCUGGGGAUCACGAUGUGCGCGACCGUCGUCGCGGUCGCGAUCGACGAGCUCAUGCGGGACCAGGAGAAGAAGAACGGCGACGGGACGAUGUGA